UGCAUUGACAAACUAAUAAUAUUGGCAUAUCUGUUUAUCUUUUCAGCGCUGUAGCUUCAGAAUACACUGACCCGCGGACACCGAGUUCGAAUAUGAUAAGGUCCAAAGAAUCAAGAUUCAGUUUUCUUCUAGUCGUAUCACUCAUGAAUAUUUUUAUUGCAGUCAAUUCAAGAAGUUUAGCACCAACUCAUCGAACAAAACGAGAGCUGUAUCCUGAUUUCAAAGAAAAACACAUCAUAUUCGUGAAAGAGGGAAGAAAAAUUACUUUCAAUCUUCUCAAAGGAAGGUUACCUGCAUUUGCUGAUACGGAAUCGAGAACAAGGCAUAGUUACAUAGUCGUGUUCAUCAAAAAGAAGGAAAGCGAGACCUCAAAGAAGAAACUAUUUUUUAAGGAGUUGGACACAUUAGUAUCAGGCAAAAUUCGCGACGGAAAAUGCAAAGAAAAUCUGAAACAUGGAAAACAAGAUAAAUUAAAAGUAAAACCAAAUACAUGCGAAAAUACUAAAUCCAUACUAGACAAAAAGAACAAAACAAUACAUUUCACCGAAUUGUCCAACUAUUUCCUUUGUCCUGUCGCAAUGGAGGACUUGAUGAGUAAAGAUACUUAUCUACUAGCCGAGUUCAACGUUCAAGACAAAAAUCAGCCAUGCAGAUUUUCAAAUAGCGGCAAUAAUCACUUAGGAGCUGGAAAACGAAAAGAUGUAACCAAGGCCAGUCUUAAGAGAAACCCUACAGGCGGCUUUGUUGUUAACCACUUAGACAGUUCAAAAUUAGACGGAGAAAUCAAAGAUUGCAUCUUUGACAAGAAAUAAUGCCAAAACAUGCAUUUAAAGACUCUUCCACACUCCAAAAUGAAGAAUUCUAAUUUUUGGUGACCUGUUCUUUGAUUUAAAAAAUCUCAGAGAAACUAAAAUCUACAGUGUAUGAUAAAAUAUUGAUUUUUGUUUAUCAUGACUUUUUCAUAUGGAUUUUCCUUUUUGAUGAUGUGGUGGAUCGCAGGUACAAACAGUAAUUUUGACAUAUUUGAAUUUACUUCGAACGAGAUGCAAAAAAUAUUUCAAAAUGAUAGUCUUUAAUUUUGUUUUUGGUUUAAUAGAUGGAGCACUUUCAAUUAUUUGAUUUGAUAGCUCGAGUACUCAUGUUAAUUAAGUCAUUGUCUAUAAGUACGGACAGUUCUUUGAUUCUGAAUGUGGUUUAAUUGCUCUAGUACUUACAGAUUAUUUUUAUUUUGUAUGUGGUUUAGUUGUUCUUGUGCCAACAAAGUUUUUAGCUCACCUGAACCGAAGUUUCAAGUGAACUUUUUUGAUCACCCGUUGUCCGUCUGUAAACUUUUCACAUUGUUGACUUCUUUUCUAAAACCACUGGGCCAAAUUUAAGAAAACUUGGUUCAAAGCAUCCUUAUUAGAAGGGAAUUCUAAAUUGUAAAAAUAAAGUGGAGAUAAUUGCGAA